CAAGAAGGGGCAGCCGAAAAGCCGACAGACGGCAUGGAUAAGCUGUGCCAGCAAUACCACGCAGAAGAUGUGGGUCGCAUCCUACUUCAAGCUCAAGACGAACUGCGAAGCAUGCGCGAGAAGGUUAACGAGAAGAACAACGUCGAUGUGAACGAGAUCAACGCGAUUCUGGAACGGGCUGAAGCUGACUUGCGCGCCAAAGCUGAAAUUGUACUGAAUGGCGUCGUGAACAACUCGAUGAAGAUGUUACCGGCCAUCGAAGCCCCAGGCGGAAAGACGUCGUUGUCCAAAUUCUCGUCGAAAUUGGCACAAAAGCGGGAGUUGGCAGCGACGAUGACCCGAGAUAGCUCAUACGAACCAGCUUCCCCUACGUAUCGACAAGAGGAUAGAGAGCCUCGCUUUGGUGGCCCAAUCGAGCCCAUGGAACGAGACCGAGCUCCAGGACGACGCCCAGUCGGUCGUAUCAUCAAAGCAGGCUCCCUCGUCAAGAAGAAAACGACCAAGCCCCAUCGCCUUUUGCCCAAAAUGAAUCGCACUGACCCGACGGCUCCAUCCCCCGACCUCGUAGAAGAAGAUGCACGAGGCGGGGUGCACAACCUGGUCACGAGGGGGUUCUUGCCUCCGUCGGUGGACGUCACGCCUGCCUUUACGCACGGCACGAGCGUGAUCCAGAACAGCCGCGUCAAAAUAUACGAUCGGGCGUCCCAGCCAGUCAAAUCCAUGCCGUACACCAACCCGUCGGGCUUCAACAUGGCGUCGCUCAAGUUUGACAUGUCGACGACCCCCGCCACUUCAACCCCCUCCCCCGUGGCAGCAGUCGUUUCAGGGGGAGAUGUGUCCAAGAUGGUAGUCACACCGAUUGACAUUUCAUUCGACGCCCCGUCGUCUUCUCAUCCCCCGGUGGAGCAACCCAAGGGGGGUGCCACUGGAGGCGACGACACGAAUGGAGGCGACUCGAGUACUAUUCACAACUUGCGCCGAAACGUCGAGAAAAUACGUGGCUACAACGAACUGCUUGACACGUACAGUUUGCAUCAGUUUAUCAUCCGCAAAGGCAAGACACUGUCCGACACGCCCGAGUUUAUUUCGUUUCAGCGGACGACAGAAGACUUGUGGGGCAGCGUGUCGACGUCCAUACAAGAGUUGGAGACCAUGCUCACGAGCUAUUCCGUGCCGCUGGCGUACGUUGACGGCCAGAAGCUGAUGAAGAUCGCCGCGAUGGACGCGACAACGCGCGGCACGACCGAGCUCUUGUCGUGCAUCCUCAACAUGGACGAAGUGAGUUCGCUCAUGCGACGGCCUGGACAGCGCUACAAGGGUAGCCAGGGGCCCGACCUCGCGGUGGUGCUGAUCCAAAGCGUGUGGCGCAUGUUCCUCACGAAGAAGCGGCUGAAGAACCAUCACGGAAACGAGGACGCCGCGGUCAUUCAACGCAUUUACAGGUCGUACCGGUGUUUUAGUCAACUCCAGCAGCGACUCAAACUCGUGCGGGAGGCCGACUUGCGCAUCUGGGAUGCGCAAAUGCAGCGCUUUCGGGCGAACUGGGACACGAUGAAAAUGCAACGGCGGGUGGUCGUACAUGUGCCGUCGUUUGCAUCAGACGACCGCACGCGGUUGAAGAUGGACAACUUUUCCAUCCGUCAAAACCUCCAAAUGGCGCGCAUGUGUGCGAUCGCCGACCCAAACGUGGACAUUAUCUACAUCUCACCGUUCGAGUUGUCCCCAGACAUCCAAAGGUACCAAGUACGGUUGCUCCAGCUCGGGGGGAUCACGGACCCCCAGACCCGCAUCCGCAUGUUGCACCCCGAAAAUGUCGACCGGUUUCCAGAGCACUUUUCACUCACGACGUUGCUACUGUAUUCGCCGCACUGUCUCAAGAAGAUCAAGCGGUUUGUGCGAGGAAAGAACGCGUACAUUGUCACAGGAAACGUCGGGCCCGAAGACAAGCGGCUGGCCAUCGCGCUGCAGAUUCCGCUGCUGGGUAUGGACCCAGACAAGGCGCUGCUGUACGGCACACGUUCGGGGGGCAAACGCAUCUUCAUGGCGGCAGACGUCAACAUUCCCAUGGGAGCGCACGAUAUUUACGACGAAGACGAGCUCAUUCAAAGCUUGAGCAAGUUGAUUGCCGCGGACGUUGACCAGAACGAGUGGCUUGUCAAGAUCGACGCCGACCAGUCCGACACGGGCAUCGCCAGCAUCAACGUCCAGCAGAUGCAGAGCGUGGCCAAAGUUCGCGCCGAGAAGCGAGACAUGAAGCACAUGGCGGCCGAAUAUUUCCAGCAGCCCGAUGUCCGAGACGCUGUGCUGCGAAGCAUCUUCAACGAACUGACCGAAUCGUAUUUUGCUGCAAACAUCACGCCUUGCUUUCCAGAUGUUUAUGCGUCGUGGGCAGAGUUGCGGCCGGUGGCGUUGCGCGUGGGUGUCGUCAUUGAGGCGUACCCGAGUAAAGUAUUGAGCCAGGUCCGGGCCAACGUCUUUAUUGAGCCUUCAGGCGGAGUGCACAUCACGUCUGCACACGACUUAUUCAUGAGUCCAGCCAACAAACACCUGCCUCAGUGCGCUCUCUUCCCGCAGACGUCAGUGCCAUAUCAAGCCAUCCGCGGCGCGUCGUUGGCGAUUGCAAGUUCCAUGUUCAUCAAAGGCAUCAUUGGCUAUGCCAGCAUCGACUACAUGAGCUUCGCCGACCCCAAGACGUUGGUGGGGGGCGGGCGGCCUCGCCAGCGUCUGUGGGCCAUGCAAGUCGUCCCUGGACUCACCAAUACGGCCGUGUCGUUUGUCAUGUUUGCGUUCCUGUCCUGCUCGCAGUUCAACCCAAUCACGGGCAAAUGUCAUCUCCAGGUGGCCGCCCCGCCCCCCAUCGCCGCCUCGGCGACCGUCGCCCCCAUCACCCAAGCGCAGAAGGCGGUCGAGACCAUUCUGAGCGCCCGACCGCCCAAUGGCGCGGUUGUCUGCGGACCAGAGCGAACUUACAUGGUGCUGGACUACAUUUACCACCCCAACAUGGCAACCCUGCACUUUUCCACGUUCUUCAACACGUGCCGACUCAACGGCGUGAGCUUUGACCUGCAGAGGGCCAUUGGCGCGGCGUUCAUUCUAGCGGACAGCCUCACGGCGGGCGUGAUGGGGUUGAUGUGCAUUGGCGAAAACGACAAGGAGGCGUUUCGAAUAGCACGGCAGGCGGUGGAACUGAUUGGGGACCAAGUGGGCGUGCAGGCGCUGCCGGACUCCCUCUCGGGCGAACGACUGGGCAACUUUCCCCACUUGCUCGCGAUUGUGCGCAAUAAGAGCGACGACCCUGCCGACAGGCGCAAACGACGGGGGGCACUUAAAUAGUGAUUACAUCGACGUCCUUCAGUAGUGUCCUAUACCACCA